CAUCACCCGACGAGAAAAGAAAAUAAGACGCCCUCCCCGGAGAUGAUCGCCGGAUCAUUACUCCUUUGACUGCACUACGGUCCCAGCGAUGGCCGGGAUCAUGAGCGAUCGCGACCCGCAGCCACAGUCUCCACAAGGCGAGACUCUUUCACAUGCUAGCCAAGGAGAUCUUCUCACAUUAUUACAUCACACCACGAUAAACCAUUCUUCUCCGGCUUCUCCAGGGGCCUCGACGCGCUCAUCAUCACCGCCAUCAUCAUCGACUUCGACGACGAAUUUGCACGUCAAUGUCACCGUUACUCCUCCCACUGCUACUGCCGAUCCCCAUGUAGACACUAAUGGCACCAUCGCCCAUGCGUCAACUACUCCCACCAACUCCAUCACCGCGAUCAAUCCCACUGCUCACGCUACCGCUUCGAUCACUAUUGACCGCGAUCUUCACAGCCGUCCCUUGACUUCUGCGCGGCCCGCAGCCCCAGCAUUGUACCAUAAUCUACCUUCGCCUGUAAUUCGGGACGAACGUUCCUCUCCCGAUGAGCCAGAUCCAGUAACAUCUGUUGAGGAGCGUGACUUUCCUUUCGACACAGUUCGUCCUCAGCUGCAGGACAUUGGAAACUCACCCGGAUUUAGCAGUGCAUCUGCGUCUAGUGCCGACUUCAUUGCUCUGCUUCACCAUCAAUCAUCACCCACCAUGGCUACUACUAGAGAUGGGGUACUCCCAGAGAACGACGGCAUGUCAGUACUUCGCGAGCAACUGCAGGAGAUUAAAUUGCUCGCUUUGUCAACGGAAGAGAAGGCGAGGCGGAUGCACGAGUUGAUGACAAAGGACUAUCUAUCGAGGACGGAAGGCUGCAAACAUCAUCAUCAUCAUCAUCAUCAUCGUCACGACCACUCGUCUGUUGAGGCCCAUCAAGACGUCGAUAUGGACAUCGCUACGCCGCCUGUGGUCGAGCAGGCACCGGACAUUUCAAGCAACCCGUAUAAACUCCUCCCCGGAGAUACAGCGCCCAGCUUCAGCCCUCUCCCGGUCAGGACAGACUAUGUCUUUGACGACUCCGACGAGGCCAUCAGCGACGAGGAGGUUCCGGAUUUGGGAUGUGUUCACUACAAACGGAACGUCAAGAUCCAAUGCUACGAUUGCGAGCGCUGGUUUCCUUGCCGUCAUUGUCACGACUCUGCGAAAGACCUUCCAUAUCCACAUACCCUCGAUCGCAAGAGGACCAAAAACAUGCUCUGUAUGUUUUGUUGUACACCACAGCCUGCUGGAGAGCAGUGCAUCCAAUGUGGCGAGUAUGCUGCGUGGUACUAUUGCAACAAAUGUAAACUAUGGGAGAAUGAUCCGAACAAGCGGAUAUACCACUGCGACGAUUGCGGCAUUUGUCGAGUCGGCGAAGGUCUUGGAAAAGACUUUGUACACUGUCGGAAGUGUAACGUAUGCAUUUCCAUCGCCAAUGCUGCGUCACACGCUUGUUUGGAGCGGGCGACUGAAAGUAACUGCCCGCUAUGCUUGGUUUAUCUGUUCGACUCGCGCACACCAGUCGUGAGCCUGCCUUGUGGGCAUUACAUGCAUGGAGACUGCUACAAAGAUCUCAUGUCUGUGACAUACAAGUGUCCGGUCUGCAGCAAAAGUGCGGUCAACAUGGAAUUACAGUGGAAGAAGUUGGACGAUGAGAUUCAAGCACAGCCCAUGCCUGAUGACGAAGAAGGGCUCGAUGGACUGCUGCCGCCUGAAUAUAGAAAUGCGGAGCGCACUGUGCCAGGAGUGGUUGCUACCGACGGUGUUCACCAACCUCGGCCGCGAGACGUUUGGGUCGGAUGUAAUGACUGUUCAAGACGGUCAUGGACACCAUUCCAUUGGCUAGGCUUGAAGUGUCAACGAUGCGACAGCUACAACACCUGCCAGCUCGCGCCAACUACCGGCGUUGAGACCGAGGCAGAGAGAAUUCUGCGUCAGCAACAAAAUCACCGUCAGCACGAUUUCACUGGUGAUGCAGUACUUCGCGAUGCGGGCAUUGGCGUCGUGGACGAAGUCGAGACCGUCGACAACACUCUUCACGUCCCCAAAUCUCCACCGAACCAGCCUCCGACUCCAACUUCACCAAGUUUCCCGGCCUCAGCGCACUCUCCACGCCGCUACUUCGUUCAAGAAGAGAUGAAACCUCGAGCGUCCAGCUUCAACGCUCCCCGAUUUCCCACCCCAAGUCUCCCCAAUCUCCCCAACCUUCCGAAUCUCCCUUCUUUAUCAGACAUGCCCAGCCUCCCACGCAUGCCGCGCAUGCCCAAACUCGCCGACCUGCCGAAUCUCCCCGACGUCCGCCGCAGUCUCCAGCACAUGCCGGAUUUCCCGCGUCUGUCCGCGUAUGACAUGUUCAGCUCAAUCAGCCGCAGUCUCUCUCCUAUGCGGUACUACCUCAACUCCGCUGAUCGCGAACUCCCUGACGGCUUGACUCCUGAGGUCCGGAGCAAUCGCCGGAGAUUCAGCGUGCGCAGCGACCCGACGCGGACGUAUACAUCGUCGAAAUUACGCACGGCUUCGGGAAGCAGUGUCGACAAUACCACCAGCAACCCAUUCGAUUCCGAUCUGGACCUUACUUCGAAAAGACAUACUCAGAUUAGCAAUGCAGGCGGAAAAGGUGUUGUAGGGUCCGCGAAGGCUCGUGUGGAUUUGUCCGAAGACGAAUCGGAGGAGGACGAUGAUAGCGAUGUCGAUAUGCUUGCCGACGAGGAUGAUUUGGCGGAUGGCGCUAUGGGCCGGGCUGACAUUGAAAUUUUUGGACAUCGGUGAGGUGUUUUGCUUUGGUUCUUGCGUUUUAGGGAAGGGGGUUUCGGCGGAUACAUUUGGCAGCGCUUGGUGUUUUUGGG